UACUAGAGAGGAUACGUAUAAGAUUUAAAAAGAAUAACCAAAGAUUAACGAUCAAAUGACCAAUGAAAUGUAUUUGCUCUCUCAGCGGGUUUUGCUGAACAUACCCAAUCACGUUGAUUUGUUUUUAUAAGCUUUGCACCAUUCGUUAACUCUACCCUACCUUUAUAUGUGUUGGAUAGAAGAUAUGUGACCGGUUAUAAAAUUCAAAUAUUGAAAAUGAGUAUCAACCGCAAUUGACGGUCAUCAGCGGAGUAUCAUUAUUUCAUUGUGAUCUGUAAAUACAAUAGCGAGUAUUAGUCAGUACCUAAGCGUGCAAUUAUGGCAGAUGCCAUUCUAGAAGAAGAAGAAGCAGAUAAUGUGCAAGUAUAAGAAGGCGUAAAAGUACCAUGUAUCCUUCGAGGUGAAUAUUUUUGUAUAUUAGAAAAAACGGACACCAAAAUUAAGGCAAAAUGCAAAAUUUGUAUGGAUGGAAAAGGUUCUUUGUCUGGCGAUAUCCGGUCAACCGGAAAUUUUAUCAAACAUUUAAAGCAAAUGCAUGAGUGGCACUACAAAAAAUAUUUGAAUCAUAAGAAUGAUCUAAAGAUACAAAUGAAAAAGUCAAAACACAAAGAUCACUCCCAAUCCAGUGUAAAGGCAUGGGUAAAAGGUUUCCAUUCUGUAGUAUCAAAAAUAAAGCUAUUGCAGUUGGUGGCAUCUUACAUUAUAGAAGAAAUGAGACCUGUGGUUACUGUAGAAAAGCCAGCAUUUAGGACCCUUAUUAAACAGCUUUCGGGAUUGACACCUCCAAGUAGACAGGCUGUAACUAAUUACUGCAUUGAGUUAGAGGAAUCAAAAAAGACUGCUCUGAAAGUAGAGUUGCAAGCAGCAAAAUACUGCUGUACCACUGCUGAUAUUUGGAGUCAUCACAGUCGAAGCUUCAUGGGAGUAACAGGCCAUAUCAUAGAUAAGGAUAAUUUUCAACGAAAAUCGUAUUUACUUGCAUGUCGUAGAAUGAAAUUCUCUCAUAACUUCUUAGAUAUAGCUAAAACUCUGUUGGAUAUUCAUGAGGAAUAUGAUCUUCAAGCUUCAAAACUUGUUGCGACAGUGACUGAUAACGCUUCUAAUUUUGGAAAAGUUUUUUCUGUAGAAAAUAGGAUUGCCUAGGUA